AUGAAUUCAAGCGGUGAGAAUAGCAAAACAAAGGCAGUGGCCGAGAAAGUGAAACAAACAGAUGACAAAGCACACGAGCAGGUGCAAAAAAUAAAAGAGUCAAAAUUGGGGAAAGCCAUCCCAACAGAAUACAAAAACAUAGGUAUAAAACAGGUUGCACUAAUUAGUUUAGUGCUAAACUCAGUUGUGCUAGUUUUUACAUAUGCACUGUGCAUUGCCUUAUAUCCUAAAAAGGCAGAGGAUAGUGGCUUUGCUAAAUCAAUAUCUGGAAUAUGCCUGGGGCUUACAUACGCUAUGAGCUUCUGCCAUGACUUCUUUGUGUAUUGGUUUGAAAGGGGAACAAUGCUUCUGUCCUUUGUAGGAUUGCGUGUGUUUAGCUUACUUGUGACAAUUGUUGUUGCUCUUUUCUUAACUGGGCCUUCUGCCACAAUUCUGUUUAAGUGUUUUAUUAUACUUAUAAAUAUUAUAUUCUGUCUUAUGUACAUGUAUAUAUUUGCUAUAUAUAUUUCCCACUUAAAGACGGGAGGGUCUACAGAAGGAGGCGACCAACAAGAAGUAUAGCUUGCGUAAUAAACAACCAUGCUAUAUGCAUCUUCAGUUUAUUUUUGCUUUCUAGUGCGUGGGUUAAUGCCUGUGGUAUUAUUUAAUUAAAGG